AAAUACCCCUCAAUUAGUCUCCUUUCAUUUUCAGUUCUUUCGGUUCUCCUCUCUUGUACACUCUCACUGCUCCAGCUGAUCUCAACGGUCGGCGGUAUCGCUCUCUCCGCCGGUGCUCUCUCUUGCCGCUCUCUUUGGCAUACGUAUUUCACUUUUCUCAGCUAUAUGGGAAACAGAGGGGUUAUUGGGGAUAAAUGGUCGUCAAGAAUUCUGUGGCUUGUUGCAAUUGGAAGUGCAGCUGAGAAACCAAGCUUCACACGGGUCCAAGCUAUAGCUAGAGUGAUGAACUCAAGUUGAGGUUCAACCCAACUCUCCCAUGGGGACCGCUACUGGUGUUAAGUUGCAUCACCAGCCUAAAUUCAGGAACUUUUGUGGAGGCCCUCCUCUACUCAACUCACAAUAGGAUGAUGACUCCGGGAUUACAGCACAACCGAAUGAAGGCUUUUGGUGCCUUCCCUCCCUCUCUCAGACUAAGCAGGCACUAGGAGCUUCAAUAAUAUGUAUAUAUACGCACAUGGAAGGGGCACUUAAUGUUUAGAGGCAUGCAAGGCACUCAGAUUGGCAGAUAAUGGCUACAGCAAAGGGUCUUCAUAUUGUGUCGUUUGUGAUGCUGUGUUUAAGACUGCUAUUCUCGUACAGUCCUCAUGUCUAGUAAUGAGAAAGCAAAGGACCUUCACUCUCAUGCGGAGGAUGGAGUUGGAUCUGGUUCAGGUAUGGUGGAUGGCAGUGGCGAUAGAAGUGUGACUCUUCUCUAUGAUUGGUCGUGUGGGUCUGAAUCGGGUUGUCCUCAUUGCCCUAACCAUGGUGUGUGCGAGUCCUGCGAUUGUGCAUUCUGUGGACCACCAUGCUGUAAUCCUUUUGAUCCAUCAUGUUCAGGAUGGGUCAUGGGUCUGGGUCUGUCACCCAUUGCUUCCACCACCAAACCUGGGCUUAUACCUCUGCAACAGACAGCCCUCUGCAUAAGGUCCCUAGCAUCCCUAAGCAAGCUGAGAUCAACACCUCAGUUAAUCGCUGCAACACCAUCCCAUUAUAUGAGCCACUCACGACUUCCAUGUUUAGCUAGCUCAUGCUUUCUACUUGCUGAGUAGGUUUUCAAAAAUAAAUGGGCUCAUUUCCUUAUCAGUUUUUGCUCUCUUUCCUGAUCAAAAUUAGAGGUAUUAUUAGCCUCUAUGAUACAAUAAUAAUUCCUAUACUCA